GUGUCUGCCAACUUCUGUACUUUCGGCACGCUGGACCUCGGUACUCUCCUGGGCCAUUCCUGUCUGUUCCCACGCCCCCCUCGUCUGAUUUCUGCCGGUGUUUCUAGUGCCGUUGCUUGUGGGGACCCGUUUUUGCCACCACCAAACAAGACUUAACCAUGGGCUGGUUCUGGGCCUCGCCUGCUGCCAGCACAAACGCCGUGGCCGGCCGGCCGCCGGCCGUGUGUCCCGUGGACCACAAAAACAUGCCCGGCGCCGCGUGCCCCGUCCAAAAACCGGGCCGUGAGGCCGACGACAUCGAGGUGUUGAACCCUCUCAAUAACAUGCCCAUGGCCAUUUCCUCGGAGCGGGCCCCCGGCCAGAAGGUCGUGCUCUCCACGGAAAGAACCAUCUCGCUGAUCCCCAGAGGCGUGCUGGAGGACCAAGGCAACUGGGAGUACCCUUCGCCGCAGCAAAUGCUCAACGCCAUGUUGAAGAAAGGCAAGGGCCAAGGCAUCGACGAAACCGCCGUGGAAUCCAUGGUGGACGUGCACAAUUUCUUGAACGAGGGCGCGUGGCUGCAGAUCUUGGACUGGGAGCUCAAGCACACGCUCCAGAGCAAGGUCGAGCCCCGCUUGGAGAAGUUCAUGGGCAGACCGCACGACUUGUCUCCCCGGGCCCGCAUGUACCUCUACCUCGGCCGGCUUUUCCCGGAAACCUUCAACACGCAGCCGCCUUUCGACCGCCACGACUGGACGGUCUUGCGGUCCGCGGGCCAUGGCCGUGGCUGGCUGAAGGUGCGAUAUGUGAUCGAUUACUACGGCGCGCCGGAUGACGAGGAGACCGGCAUGCCUGCGUUCAUGUUGGACACGAGGCCUGCGCUCGACUCGCCCACCGCGGCGGCGGACCGGUUGGACCGCUGGUUCACGCCGUUGUGGAAACGGGCCAUGGGCGAGUUUGACGACAAGUAGCCGUGCCGGGCGUAUUCAGAGGGACCGGGCCCAGGCCGCCACAUUUUAUUUAUCUCUUGCACAUACAUGAAGGGGGGGGGGGGGGGGUUUUU